AUGUCUGAGAGGGACGGACACGGGGACGCGGACACAGCUCCGGACUUCAUCCCGCCGAGGACGUCCCGCGGCCGGCGCAGCGGAGUGGUCCUCCCCGGUGGGGGGGGCCAGGACACGGACACCAUCCUGCUGGAGUCCGUGAGGGCGACCCCCCGCCGGAGCAGCAUCAUCAAGGAUCCCUUGGUGCAGAAAGUGGGCGGCGGCAGGAAGAAGACGGUGUCCUUCAGCAGCAUGCCCUCCGAGAAGAAGGUGAGCAGUGCGGCCGACUGCCUGGCCUUCAUGCAGGGCGGCUGUGAGCUGAAGAAGAUCCGGCCCAACUCCCGGCUCUACUGCCGCUUCUACACGCUGGACCCGGACCUGAGCUGCCUGCGCUGGGAGCCGUCGAAGAAGGACGGCGAGCGGGCGCGUCUGGACGUGUGCAGCGUCCGGGAGGUCCGCACCGGGAAGAGCACCGAGACCUUCCUGCACAACGGACCCCUGUGUGAGCAGCUGGCCGAGGAGGCGGCCUUCUCCAUCAUCCACGGAGACGACUACCAGUCUCUGGACCUGGUUGCACUCUCUGCUGAUGUGGCCAACAUCUGGGUGACGGGUCUCCGCUACCUGCUGGCCCACCCGUCUGUGGUCGGAGGGGCCGGGGGAGGUGGGGGAGGAGGCCUGGGGGAGGGAGGGGUGGUGGCGGUGGAUGGAAGCCUGGGCAGCAAGAUGAGGAGCGAGUGGCUGGAGGCGGAGUUCGCCCAGGUGGACGAGGACGGAUACGGCAUCGUGUCGGAGGACAUCGCCGUCGCCACCAUCUGCAAACUGUGUCCCGGCAUCAGGGAGGCCAAGGUGCGUCUGCGUUUCAAAGAGAUCCAGCGCAGCAAAGAGAAGCUGACCUCCCACGUGACCCGGGAGGAGUUCCAGGAGGCCUUCUGCGAGCUGUGCACCCGGCCCGACGUCUACUUCCUGCUGGUGCAGCUGUCCAAGGACCGCGAGUGCCUGGACCCCCAGGACCUGCGUCUCUUCCUGGAGACGGAGCAGGGGUUGCCCCUGGCGACGGCCGAGGGCUGCUGGGAGCUGCUGCGGCGCCACGAGCCGUCGGCGCAGGGCCGCGAGCGCGGGCUGAUGGGCCUGGACGGGUUCGCUCGCUACCUGCAGUCGCCCGAGUGUCAGCUGCUGGACCCCGAGCACCGGGGGGUCUGCCAGGACAUGAACCUGCCGCUGUCCCACUACUACGUCAGCACCUCGUACCGCUCCUACCUGCUGGAGGACCAGGUCCACGGCCGAGCCGACCUCGGAGGCCUCAUCAAGUCCCUGCAGUCCGGGUGUCGGUGUCUGGAGCUGGGAGUGACCGACGGCCCAGAGGGCGAGCCCCUGCUGGGCGUGGACCACGGGCCAGAGGUCCCACGCCACCAUCACCACCACCACCACCACCACCACCACCACGCUCCGGUGACCAUCCGCUCGGCCCUGGAGGUGGUGAACAAGUACGCCUUCCUGACCUCCCAGUACCCGCUGCUGGUCUACCUGUGCCAGCGCUGCUCGCCGGCCCAGCAGCGCACGAUGGCGCAGCACCUGAAGAAGGUGUUCGGCUCCCGCCUCUUCACGCCGGACGCCCUGCCCGUGUGCCUGGGGGGGCGGGCCUCCACCCUGCCCUCCCCCGAGCAGCUGAAGGGACGCAUCCUGCUCGUGGGCAAGAAGCUGCCGCCGGAGCAGCAGGGGUCGGACGGCGAGGUCUCCGAGGAGGACGAGGAGAUCGGAGGAGGCGGGCCGUUGGCAGGGCGACGGAUGACCAUCCCCGGGGAGGAGGAACUGGGCGUGGUCCUGGUGGUGCCGCCGCCCUCUCAACCCAGGAAGCUGCGUCUCCACAAGGAGCUGUCGGACCUGGUGGUCAUCGCCCGGACCGGCAGCCGAGGCUUCUACGCCCAGAGGUCGAGUCACAAGCACGCCCAGCAGCAGUCCCCCCCCAGCAGCCCCUCCUCCCCCGGCACGCCGCUGCCCCCCGAGCCGCCUUACUGGACCCUGUGCUCCCUGGGGGAGGGCGAGGGGGGGCGGCUGACCAGCGAGAGCCCGGAGGACCUGGUCAUGUUCACCAAGCGCACUCUGACCCGGGUGCGGCCCAGCUCCGUGCGCCUGGACUCCAGCAACCCCAACCCCCAGGGCUACUGGAAGGGGGGGGUCCAGCUCGUGGCCUUGAACCAGCAGACCCCCGGCGCCAUGCUGGACCUCCACCGAGGUCGCUUCUCUCAGAACGGGGGGUGUGGCUACGUGCUGCGGCCGGCGGUGAUGAGGGACGAGGUGUCGUACUUCAGCGCCCACACGCAGGGGUGUGUCCCCGGAGUUCCUCCUCAGACGCUACGCAUCAAGGUCAUCAGCGCCCACAACCUGCCCAAGCCUCAGGGGUCGGGGGCGAAGGGCGAGGUCAUCGACCCCUACGUGGUCCUGGAGCUGCACGGCGUCCCGGCCGACUGCGCCGAGCAGCGGACCCGCACGGCCGCUCAGAACCAGGACGACCCGCUGUUCGAUGAGACCUUCGAGUUCCAGGUCAACAUGCCGGAGCUAGCCUUGCUGCGCUUCGUGGUUUUAGACGACGACUACAUCGGAGACGACUUCAUCGGCCAGUACAGCGUGGCCUUCGAGUGCCUUCAGCCCGGCUACCGCAACGUGCCCCUGCUGGGCCUGGUGGGAGACCCCUUGCCCCACACCAGCCUGUUCGUCCACGUGGCCGUCACCAACCGGCGAGGAGGCGGCAAGGCCCAGAGGCGGGGUCUGUCGGUGAGGAGGGUGGGCCGGCGGGGGAGGGAGUACGUCACGCUGAGGCACACCAGCAUCAAGGUGGUGGACGAGACCUUCAAGACGGCCGGCGGCGCCUUGAAGGAGGCGGCCGAGCUGCGGGAGGACGCUCAGAGCACCACGGCCAGUUUCAAGGAGCAGUGUGGGCUCCCCACGGUGGCCAAGCUCAAGCAGUGCAUCCAGAGCCUGGCCACCCGGCUGCAGGGCCCCGAGGGGCCCCUGGGGGCCACCAUGGUGCUGAGGGAGGGCUACCCUUGUCUGGAGCCGCUGGCCAACCUGUCGGAGCCGACACGCAAACUGCUCAGCGCCUACGACACGAUGAUCGCUGCUCAGAAGCAACUGAUCGAGAACGCAGACGCCGUCCAGGAGAAGAUCGCCCAGGUGCAGAGAGAAGGCAUGGACUUCCACGAGGACCUGUCCCGGCUCGGGGAGAAGGACGGACUGAAGGGACGCAAGCUGUGCAAAGCUGUGGAGAGCUUCACCUGGAACAUCACUGUCCUCAAGGGUCAGAGCGAUCUGCUCCGAGGAGCCAAGGUGGAUUCCCUGGACGCUCUGCGGCAGCUGGCUCUGGCCUGUGAAGCCUGCGGACUCGCCUCCUCCUCCUCCUCCAUCUCCUCCUCCUCCACCUUCUCCGCUGCCGAGCUGCACUACUCCUCCCACUCGCUGUCGGGCCGCCGCAGCAGCACGCACGGAAACGGACGCAUUUGACCCGACUCCCUGCCCCCGGGUCCAGCACGCUGCCAAAGAUGGAGAGAGAGAGAGAAGAAGAGAGUGAAUACAGAGGAUGUGAGGA